AUGCCCUCAAAGAGCGAUUCGAUUCUCAUCGUGGGUGCCGGUGUCUUCGGCCUGUCCACCGCGCUGGAGCUCAAGCAGCGCGGAUACACCAACAUCACAGUACUGGAUAGAUACGCCCCUCCGGCAGUAGAUGGAAGCAGUGUGGAUAUCUCUCGCAUUAUCAGAAUCGACUAUGUCGACCCUGUCUACUGCCAAAUGGCCCGCGAGGCCUAUCAGGGCUGGACAUCAGAGUACAAGGACCAGUACUUCGAAUCCGGAUUUGCGUUACUGUCAGAAACUCCAAAGAACGACUGGAUCGAAAAUUCAAAGGCCACUGUCCUCGCCAGUGGGGGAACCGUGGAAGAUCUGAAGGAUGCCACACAGCUACUCAAGUUGUAUCCGAAUAUCCAGUCUGACUUGUCCGGCAUGAACGGUUAUCUCAACCGCAGAGGCGGCUGGGCGGAUGCCGCCGGUAGCAUCCAGAAACUGGCUUCCCGAUGCAGUGUUGAGGGUGUUUCCAUUUUAACUGGGCCCCGUGGAAGUGUCGUCUCCCUGCGAAAGGAAGGGUCGCGAGUCGUGGGCGUGAAUGUAGCGAGCGGAGAUUCCAUCCUCGCUUCUCAAGUGAUUCUAAGCACCGGAGCUUGGACGAAUCGCCUUUUGAAUGUUGCACAUGCCGCUUCUUCUUCAGGACAGCCGGUUGGAUUCAUCCAGCUGACCCCCGAAGAAGCUCGUUCUAUGGAAAAGACGCCUGUGAUGAUCAACAUGACCAACGGCGUGUUUAUAUUCCCUCCUACGCCAGGGAGUAACAUUCUUAAGAUCGCCCGACAUGGCUAUGGCUACGCCAACAAAGUAACUGUCCAGAACGACGGUACUCGAACUAUCUCAUCUCCCAAAUUCGAAACCAGCAACUCACAGACCGGAUAUCUCCCCGACGAUGCCGAUGAAGAUCUUCGCAAGGGCUUGCAACGAUUCUGUCCUCGAUUCGCAGACCGACCGUGGUCUUUCCGCCGCCUUUGCUGGUAUACCAAUACGCCCAAGGGAGAUUUCAUCAUCGAUCAUCACCCGACAAUGGAGGGCCUAUUUGUGGCCACUGGGGGUGCUGGACAUGGCUUCAAAUUCCUCCCAGUCUUGGGUAAAUACAUUGCAGACUGCUUUGAGAACAAAGCGUCUAAAGAAUUACGGAAGAAGUGGCGAUUGGAACCGGUUCCGAGUGGUUCUACCGGACAUCCUAUGAAGGGGGAUGGAAGCCGAGCGGGUCCCCCUUUGAGGAACCUCACUCAAGUGGAGAAGGCUAUGCUCUAG